AUGCCGGUUAUACCAAACGAUAGUAGCAACGGGGGAGUAGAUUGGGGUCAUCUGGGCACCGAGGCCGACGGCCAUGAUGGGUCGACUUUAGGAAACUGGAGCUCGCUCAUCGGAAUCGUGACAGCCAUCGUGGGAAAUAUGCUGAUUGCUCUGGCGCUGAACGUACAACGGUACUCCCACAUUCAGCUACAUCGGCGGCGGGUGGAGGCGCGUGGCAAAGCGAGGGAGGCUAUGAAAAGAGUACAGGAGGGCCGUCGCGACGGCUAUGGCACAGCAGAUACGCCUGAGGCCGAACUGCCGGGAACUGGAGGAGACGAUACCGAUGCCAUGGAAACGCAUCCCCUUGCCCGAUCUUUCCAGUCCGGCGACUCAGGGUGGUCAGAACGUUCAGGCGACGAUUCCAAGGUUACGUCGACCUACCUGAAGUCGCCGUCGUGGUGGUUGGGCCAGGUAUUGAUGACGGUUGGUGAGAUGGGCAACUUCUUGGCAUACGGCUUUGCGCCAGCUUCGAUUGUAUCGCCCCUGGGAGUUGUGGCUCUGAUAUCGAAUUGUGUGAUCGCACCCCUUUUCUUCGGCGAAGUCUUUCGAAAGCGAGACUUCUGGGGCGUAGUCAUUGCCGUCGGAGGAGCUGUCACGGUAGUUCUCAGCGCCAAUACUGAGGAGACGAAGCUCAACCCGCACGAUGUUUGGGAUGCUAUAACGACUUUGGCCUUCGAGAUAUACCUCGGUGUCACCAUAUUCAUCAUUAUCGUCCUGAUGUGGGCAAGCCCCAGAUAUGGCAAUCGAACAAUAUUGAUAGACCUUGGUUUGGUGGGACUCUUUGGUGGCUACACAGCUUUGACCACCAAAGGUGUUUCUUCGAUGCUUUCUUCGACUCUAUUCGGAGCGUUCGCCACUCCUGUCACUUACGGGCUCAUCAUUGUCUUGCUCGCUACUGCAGUCAUGCAGGUUCGAUACGUGAACAAGGCGCUUCAGAGAUUCGAUUCAACUCAGGUUAUACCCAUUCAGUUUGUCAUAUUCACUCUAUCAGUAAUCAUUGGAAGCGCUAUUCUAUAUCGAGACUUCGAGCGUACAUCGACAGAGCAGGCUGCCAAGUUCGUCGGAGGUUGUCUUCUGACCUUCUUUGGGGUCUUCCUUAUCACCAGCGGCCGGCCGCGACAUGAUGAUGACGAUGAGCUGUCAGAUGACGACAACGUGGAGGAAACUAUCGGUCUCAGAGACCAGGAAGGCUCGGGCCCCUACAUCGACGUAGUAGAUGAACCCUCGGCAGCAUCGUCAAGGAGGUCAUCUCGAGCGUCUCGAGUCAAUUUCGCCGGUCUCAACCUCCUAACACCCCAAGGAGGAAGCGGUACGCCUUCCAGUCGGAGACAGGAUGCUUCGUCAAGGACAUCUCUUGCGAUCCCCGCAGAGUCCUCACCUCUACUCAAUAAUACGUCGCCCAAUAAAUCAGUCCACCCAGGGUUCGCACCCACGUUCUCUGCGGAUAGUGUCCAGACGAUCCAUUCGGCAUCCACGGUCGUUCCGGAGCCCAUGCAAUCUUCAAUCAACCUCCCGCAAUCGGGUGUAUCACCAGCUGCAGACCGGCCAGUGACGCCACGUCCAUCCCUUUCGAUGUCUCGUCCACACAGUCAUCAUUACUCAAAAUCAUUCAUCUCCCCGUCACCUCUGUCGUCGACCGUCAGUGCUGUGGUUGCUGACGCCCUCCGCAGAGGGGAGGAGGUCCCGACCGGACGACGACGAUCUGUUAAGCAUCCUAGGCCUAGCAUCCGGGCUAGUAUCUUUGCUCCCAAUGACGAUGAUGAAAGUAGUCCGGUCGCUGAACCGCUGAUUCGAUCAAUUAGCGACAGGGAGCCGGCUCCAAAUCAAGGCGAACCGCAUCCCAGCGAACGGAGGACUCUCCGUGGACGAACCCGCAGUCUAAGCCAUACACUAGGAGAUUUCUUCGGGCGGAAGAAGAAGAGGCGGGACUUCGACACAGAGGCAGGCGAAAGCCAUGAGGAUUCAACUAGCGACCCACCAGGUCCGCCACGGAUAGACAACGACAGCUGA